AUGAAAUCUGAAAUUGAUAGUUUAUGUUGUGAAAGUAUCUCAUCAUUUCACAAUGCGAAGGAUGGAGACUUAACAUUUGAAAAAACGCAAGGCACUCAGAGUUGGGCGAUCCAAGAAUUUUUUGGAUCGCCGAUCCAGUUAAGCGAUCCAAAAUUUCAAAAUUGGAUCGCCGAUCCGGAUCGGCGUGGGCCUGUUUUCUUUUUAACGAAUGAAUAUAAUUUAGUUUUCUCUAAUAAGGAAAACGAUCAAAAGAUUGUUUUGAUUAAAGAGAAAACUGAAAUCAAUAAUAGCAUUACUGAGAUAAUAUAG